CUGGACUUCAUCUGGUGAUGACGAUGAUGAUCCUGCUGCUGCUGCUGCUUCGAUCGUAGCUCUCGAGCCUUGGCCCCACCAUGUCUCUCCAUGAAUGGAUUUGUUGAUAUGUAUACCAAUCGUCUCGUGUUGCGCUGAUCAUGCUUGCUUCUUUUUGCCCUGGAUAGCAGUCCUUCAAACCAUUGAUGUCCGCCCAGCUGGCCUCUUCUUAGCUUCGACCAAGUCCGCCGACACAGUCUACCGGCACUGCAAAGCCUCGCCAUAGUCAACAUGAUGUCCUUCAAGAAUAUGCUUCCAUUCACGCAGCACGCCUCGAAGGGCCAAAAAGAAGCACAUACCGCCCAGAACUCACGGCAAUCGUGGACGAAAUCACUCAUACCGAGCGCAACGCAUUCGCUACGCUCUGCAACGCUAGCAUUUUCGGACUGGCUCCUGGACACAACGCCCUUCUUUCUGGUAUCCACCUAUUUCGUCGUCACAACCGCCAUCUUCUGCUUCUGCAAUGAAGAAGCGAUCAAAGUCUUCUACUUCUUUUACAUGUCAACCAACUUCUACAUUGCAGCAUGCUGCGUAAUCGAGUCCUUCCUCGGCUUGACCCCGGUUCGCGAUUCGCGCAAGGCCGCAAUGGCCGUUGAAGCCAGCGGCAACUUUCCUAGUGACAUCAACGGCAGAGCCAAAGACUUGCCGACGAUCGACCUGGUUAUUGUAGCAUAUCUGCCGAACGAACAGGAAAUCAUUCGGCAUCAGGUCUUGUAUGCAUGCGAGGAGCUGAUUUACCCCCCGGACAAACUGCGGAUCAAUCUCGUCUACAACACACCCAAGCCGAUAGAACCGCUCGAAAGUGAGCUGGCCCAACUUCCGAGCGAGUACAAGAACCUGAGAGUCGUCAAGGUGCCUGGUUCCAAGUCGAAAGCCGACAAUCUCAACUACUUCUUCAGUCUGCGCGACCACUGCCCCCACCCACAUAACCCACGAUGGGCUGCCGAACGAUUCCUUGCCGAUUCCACAGUGGAUAUUGUCCAAGGUCGAUGUAUAGUCUACAACACCAACGAAAGCUUCUGGGCCAAGAUGAUUGCCAUUGAGUUUGACAAGAUCUACGCCAUCUCCCAUCCCGGACGAAGUCGAAUGUUUGGCUUCGGACUCUUCUGCGGAAGUAAUGGCUACUGGAAAGCACCUCUUCUCCGCGCGCACAAGAUGCACGGCGACAUGCUAACAGAAGACAUCGACUCUGCUCUUCGCGCAUACGGCAUCGGCAAAAAAGCCGUCCACGACAUGAAUGUGUGUUCAUUCGAAAUGGCCCCCAACACCUUCCACGCAUUCUGGAAACAACGUCUCCGAUGGGCGCAAGGCUGGACCCAAGCAUCCUGGAAACACAAAUCUCUCGCCUGGACCAACCCACCCAACGGCAAACGAGACUUUGACGAACGAUACGGCAUCGUCUCGCUCCUCGCCGUCCGCGAAAUCAGCUACUACCUCGUGACGAUGCACACCUGCCUCCUUGUCAGUUUCGUCAUCGUCGGCUGGCCCUCCAACACGGCCGAACUGGUCCGACUGCUCUUCUUCCGCUAUCCCAUGGCUCAAUGGUUCUUCUUCGCCACCAUCGUCGCACUCCUCUACACCCUCUACUUUACGGAAAAAGUGCGAUCGGAAUUCACAACGUGGAAAUCCAUGGUCGGGUUUUGUGUCAUUUACGUUCCGUAUUUGAUUGUCAUGGCCACCAUGGGCUUGUAUGGGCAUGCGAGACAGGUCAUUCGGUAUUCGAGUUGGAAUCCGACGGCACGGAAGUAGUAGACACUACAUGAUCUAUUUCUUAGCAGUUGUGUCUUACUUGACGUGCUUGUAAAGCGUUUCAGCCUGGCGUCUUUUCCCUUUUUCUUUUUCUUCUUCUUCUUCUUCUUCUUUCUUUUCUUUCUUUUUUGGGAGUUCGGGGGUGGUGUUCUUCUGUCACCAUGAGAACCGUGGCCGACGGCAGCGAACCGGUUUUCCAGAGCACGUUAAUCAACAAUCGCAUGUAAUUAUUAUCUGCCUUGUUAAUUUUGUUCUUGAAGUGUACUAUUACCCAUCAUCAU